CUGCACAGGACCUAAGCGCAUGUUAAGAGUUGGGCAGCCUGGAUUUGACCAGAACUAAAGCGACCGUUUUGUCCUUUCCUUUUUCUGACUUGCUUGUCAACUUUCACGAAUCUCUUUUACUUCCCUUUACGAGACCUAAACCUCAGUUGGGGCUCUUCCUUAUUAUGAGUCGCUGUCAGAAGCGCGACUGCACUUGACUAGCGCGGUAUGAUUGUGCACUGACAGCCGAAAUCACAAGGGCUCUCUGGAGCGGCUGGGCAGUCUGCGCCUCACCGGGACGCUGGGCGUUGCAGCGGCGGAGGAUGUGGAGCUCAGUGCGGUGUGGGUGAGCAGCUCAGCGCGGUCCUCACACCUGCUGGCGUUUUCUCAUUCUCAUAAGGCAAAUCUUUUUAAUCGGGCUACGGUACGUGACAAGAAUGAAAGACCACUCGAAGAAGAAGAAGAAAACCUGAAGCUGAUUGAUGUUAUUUCUCCCCGUUGUGUGUUUUCGCUUUUAACUGUUCCUUUGAGCUUUUUUUUUAUUUUAAACCGUUUAUUUUUUUUUCUUAAAAAAAGGCAACUUUUUAAAAAGUAACGCUGUCGGACAUAAUUGGGUGGCGUUUUGUUUUCUUGUCGUCUUCUGUUUACGUUCUGAUCAGAGCAGAUCGGAAGGCAUUUAACCCGGUUUUCAGAAUGAAAUUCAACGGAUACAUGAAGCUGCGAAUCGGCGAGGCUGUGGACCUCAAGCCUACGACAUUCUCACUCAGGCAUUCCGUAAUUUUUAAUAAGUCCGGUUUCCUGCUAGACCCUUACAUUGUGGUCCGGGUGGACGAAUGUAAGAUUGGACAGACGCACACCAAGCAGAAAACUAACAAGCCAACCUACAACGAGGAGUUCUGUCUCAAUAUCAACGACGGCAAGAAGAUUGAGUUGGCGGUCUUUCACGACGCUCCAAUUGGAUACGACGACUUUGUAGCCAAUUGUACCAUCCAGUUCGAAGACUUGAUUAAAACUUCCAACACAGAAGAGACGUUCGAGGGAUGGGUGGACCUGGAGCCCGAGGGGAAGGUCUACAUUGUGAUCUCUCUCACCGGCUCCUUCACAGACGAACACGCCACAGCCAACGGCCGGACCUACAAGCAAUUCACGCGGAAGCGGCAGGGAGCCGUUCGGCGCAGGAUCCACCAGGUGAACGGACACAAGUUCAUGUCCACCUACCUGCGGCAGCCUACCUACUGCUCCCAUUGCCGGGACUUCAUAUGGGGGGUGUUCGGGAAGCAGGGCUACCAGUGCCAAGUGUGUACCUGUGUUGUCCACAAGCGAUGUCACCAGCUCAUUGUCACAGCAUGUCCCCGCAUGAAGAAACCCGCCAAUGAAGAGGCCACUAACCAGGGCUUCAGCAUCAACGUGCCUCACAAGUUCAACAUGCACAACUUCAAGGUGCCGACGUUCUGCGACCACUGCGGCUCGCUGCUCUGGGGCCUUGUGAGACAGGGCUUGCACUGCAAGAUCUGCAAGAUGAACGUGCACAUCCGCUGCAAGCCCAACGUGGCGCCCAGCUGUGGGGUGAACAGCGUGGAGCUGGCCAACAAGCUGGCCGAGAUGGGGCUGCAGGCGGGGGGCCUGUCCAAACGCAACUCCAUGACCUGCAACAACAACGUGGAGUCUCCGAAUCGGAGGUCCAGCGAGAAGGAGACGCGGUCCGUCAGCUUCGACAGCGAGACCCGGAAACUGGGCAUCGAUGACUUCACCUUUCUGCAGGUGCUGGGCAAGGGCAGCUUCGGAAAGGUGAUGCUCUCCCGGCUGAACGGCACCGAGCGGGUGUUUGCAGUGAAGGUGCUGAAGAAGGACAUCAUCCUGCAGGACGACGAUGUCGAGUGCACCAUGACGGAGAAGAGGGUGCUGUCCCUGGCGGGCAGUCACCCCUACCUCACCCAGCUCUACUGCUGCUUCCAGACUGUGGACCGCCUCUUCUUUGUCAUGGAGUUCGUGAAUGGCGGGGACCUCAUGUUUCACAUCCAGAAGUCCCGGAAGUUCGACGAGGGCCGCGCGCGCUUCUACUCCGCAGAGAUCACCUCGGCUCUCAUGUUCCUGCACAAGAAGGGGAUCAUUUACAGGGAUCUGAAGCUGGACAACGUGCUCCUGGAUAAGGAUGGCCACUGCAAGCUGGCUGACUUCGGCAUGUGCAAGGAGGGCAUCUUCGAGGGAGUGGCCACAGGGACGUUCUGUGGGACGCCUGACUACAUCGCCCCCGAGAUCCUCCAGGAGAUGCUGUACGGGCCCUCGGUGGACUGGUGGGCUCUGGGUGUGCUGCUGUACGAGAUGCUGUCAGGGCACGCGCCAUUCGAGGCGGAGAACGAGGACGACCUCUUCGAGUCCAUCCUGAACGAGGAGAUCGUCUACGCGGCCUGGCUCGGCGCCGAUUCCGUGCACAUCCUCAAGGCUUUCCUGACGAAGAACCCGAGCCGGCGCCUGGGCUGUGUGUCAGCGGAGGGUGGAGAAGGGGCCAUCCUCACUCACCCCUUCUUCAGGGAGAUUGACUGGGAGCGCCUCAACCGGCGGGAGCUGGAGCCCCCCUUCAAACCCCGAAUUAAGUCCUCGGAGGACGUCAACAACUUCGACCCGGACUUCACCAGGGAGGAGCCCACGCUCACCCCCAUCGAGGACCCCAUGAUCCCCUCUGUCAACCAGGACGAGUUCAAGCACUUCUCCUUCACCUCUCCAGAGCUGCUGGAUGUCUGAAGGACUGGCACGCAGCUCUGGCCUGAGCCUUCCAGCAGCCUCGGAGCUGGACAGGAGAGCACGUCUUUCUCUUUCUCUCUCCUCUUCUCUCUGUCGGCGGAGUGAGGCUGUCUCAGUGACUUUAAGGCCCCGGGCGUUUUUCGCGGCAGGUUUCUCUGGCCUUUCUGAAGCAGUCCUCUGCCUGCGCGCAGUGGAGGAACUCUCCAGCAGUGUUUUCUUUGCGGUGCUGGCCCGGGGAGAACUGGGGAGGAACGCACUGUUGUGCUGUCCUCUUGGACACAGAACUAGAGGACGCAGAACCACCCCGUUGCAGGAGGAACAAGAUCACGUCAGCCUUCUUAUAUUUCGUUUUUAGCUUUUACUCUGUUCACAGAUGUGAACGGAAAUGCACAGGGGUUUUGAUGAGCAAAGACUUGAAAGUAUCUGUUUCCUAGACGGGAUUCGUUUUUGCAUUUUUAAGAAAGCGUGCCGAAGCUGUCUGUAAAUUCUCCUUGGGAGUAAAUGCAUUUACCUGGGGUCUAAUGUGAACUCAGGAGCCUCAGUCUUAACUUGAAAGUUUUCUUUUCAAGUGUUUUGUACACCACAGUUACACUUUAGUAUUUUUAUUUUCAUUAUUAUUUCUAUAUGCAAUAUAUUGAAUAACAGGAUUAUAAUCUCAAUAGAAUAAGAGGUCCAAAUUUCAUAGAAUGCAGUUGUAAUAUAAGCCUGGGCCAGGAGUGCUCAGUGUACAGUUAUCUGUAUAUCUCAGGUGCCUCCUGGCUCAUUGUGUGAUAGUGUACAGGAGCAGCCUAUUCUGUGUGGGAGUGAGGAGAGCACUUUCUUUGUUAUUAAGCAGAGAAAUGAAAGAGGUAGAAAAUAAGCUUCCAGUGUUUUACAUUAGUUUGCUGUUCACAUUUAACAAGAUCUUUAAGGGCACCCUCUGAAUAACUUUCAAACCUAAGACUACGCCUCAAGCAACAACUGUAUUUUUUUAAACCCGUUGCAACCUGAAACAUUUGCAUUUCUCAAACUUUCCAUUUUCACUUUGCUAAGCCGGUGUCUUCUGCCGCUAGCUUCCCCUAUGUUUGUCCUGAACAGAAUGGAAUGCUGUCGUUUUACGAGUCAGACGAACUUCGCUCAAACGUCACAUUGUGAUUCAAGGGCGUGUUCUUUAAUGCAAUUAUAGAAUGUUAAUUCAGUCUGGUUUUAUGCUGCUUGUACCACCUGUGCGUGCUUUGCACACUCAGUCUUUGCACUGACUGCUGCUUCCACCCUCCAUCUUCCAGCAAGACACUCAUUAAAUCAUGUCUUCGCUGUUGGGCACAGUGCACACAAGGCUUUUAAUUAUGAAAACAGACAAGUUUGAGCCUGAGUGUGCCUGACAAGUCUUCCUAGAACCAAGAAUGCUCAGUAUGCUCUGAAAUCUUUGAAGAAGACUCACAGUCACUUUCCACAAUGCCACGAAUCUAGUAUUGGUGUUAAUUCCACAAACAGAUCUGAGGCAAGAAAUGUCUUUUUAAUGUGUUACAAUUUAAUUAAGAUGAAGGGUAACUGUAUGUAAAAAAAAAAGAACUACAGAAUGUCCAAUGUAUUCUUCAUUGUUGGUCAUAGUGCUUUGCUAAGAGCAACAUAAUUUUAUUAAAAAAUUCACAUUGCAUCACAUUUUAUUAGGGACCAGAAGGUGAAAUUUCCAGCUCCCGUCAAUUUUCUCAGGAAAUAUGUUUUUGUACGUGUAGUAUUGUGCAAUGGCUGAUGUUCUCUUAUUUUUAAUAAAAAAGCACUGGACUGGUGGCAUGUAAGGAAUGUCUAAAUAUGCUUUUUUUAUUCUAUGACUUUUUUGUAGUGCCGUGUAUAAUUCAGUCCAGAUAGAGCAUUGCAAAUAUCAACAAAACCUCCUUCCAAAAGCCCAGACCGCUGGCAUCCUGUUGACUGAGCAGGAAGUCUGAGCAUGCUGCUCGAGCUCUGUGCAUCAGAAGAUAAUCGUGAGCCUGUGUGGACAGGCUGUGUGUUUCUGGGGUUUCUGAAAAAAAGUGUUUUUUGAGCACUGACAGCUCUGUGCUGAUAGCUUCUACAGCUCUGCUUCAAAACUUGACUUAAGUGCUGCAGUUACUGUUCCGUGAGCUUCUCCAUUUUUGCAAAACCAAACCAAAUAAAUCAACUGUGAAACAAAUCUUA